AUGUGGGAUAGUUUAAUAGUCACAGCUUAUUUUCAAAGUCGUUAUGCGAUAGCAAGAGAGACUCCCCAGCGUGGUAACAUCACUACUCUCACUAUUUUUCACGUCUUUGAAACGCGUCGCACAACUAUUCCACAAUCCAAGCCUUUACCAAGUGAUCUGAUGUGA